AUGGAUAACUUGUUCGUUUCAGAAGCCGACGACCUGGGCGCCAUGGGAUACCUGCGCCCACCUCCCAACUACUCCAUCGAUUUGGGGGCUUUCGACCUCGAUGAGGCUCUCGCCUCCGCCGGGGAUUCAUGCCGCCGGUUCGCCGAGUCUAAGAGCUUCGUGUCCACGUUGCCGGAGGUUCAAGACACGGACGCCGAUGCUGUUUGCUCGGUUUGCAUGGAAGCGUUUGACUCUCGCGGCGGAAACAAACGAAUAUCCUGCGGACACGUGUACCACGCAAGCUGCAUCACCGCCUGGAUCUCUCGCUAUGACGGCGACAUUGGUCGGGACUUUAGGGGUCCUGGUCGGCUGGUCCUAAAAGUCUGA